CUAAACCAUACUUUGACGUCCACAUUGUUUAUCUGUACCAGAGAUGAAAUCAAGUCUAUCCUUCUUUUCAAAUUAGGUAUCAGUCUUCAAGGUUAUGAUCUCCUUUUGUCAUCCAAACGAGUCCUUAAGUCAUCCAUGGUAUAAUAACGGUCUUAGCAGAUGUUUUGUCUACACUUUAUCUUCCAGCAUUCUUUGCAUUUUAUUUCUGGUUCCUGGACUCGCUCAGGUGUACAUCUACCGAAAACAUGGUCAACCUAUUAAUAAUAGUUUGAGAUCCAGGUCUAAGUUUUUAUACCUUCACAUAUUAUUGACAUUAAUCAUCCCAUUUCUCUCACUCUCUCAAACUAUGGUUUUUGCGUUCAUGAAUGACCUGGAGCAUGUAUAUGGAUAUAUGACAUAUUCUAUUAUAGUUAUGUUUAUCGUUUGGCCACUCUCUGCAUUUAUUUUACGCACUGAGUGCUCCUACGUCCUUUUAAACUUUGAAGGGAGGAGUCAUGGUCUUCUUCUGUUGUGCUUCUGGACACUCUCAUUCCUUCUAGCCUUCCUACCUUUGGUAUCUAUUUUCAGCAGCGACUGGUGGUGGAACCUGUCAAGUUACGCUAAUGUGGUCGAGUUCACCUUCUGGAUGUUGUACGCUUUUUGCGUAUCAUUCGUCUUCAUAUUAGGUAUAUGGGCUCCAGGCCUUCCAAGCUACUUUGCAGUCUAUGAGUUUCUUCAUUCAAAUGGUCAAAACUCGUUGAGUACUGGAAAUGUUUGGGUUCAACGCAUCCGUAGAUUCAAAAUCGUAUCACCGUUUAUCUGGCCAAGAAGUCAGAAGACCAUACAGCUUAGAGUAUUUUCUUGUUUUGUAUUAUUAAUUGCUGGGCGAGUCGUCAAUUUAUAUUCACCAAUUUUGUACAAAGAUAUAAUAAACAGUUUGUCCGAAGUUGAUAAUUCCACUGGAACAUUAUCUUUUAAGCAUAGUCUCAUCAUGAAACCGUCUCCGUAUACGAUAUUCAGUGCUGUAUCCAGUUAUAGUGGAUUGGUUUAUCGUUGGGAUUAUGUUCUUUUAUUUGCUUUAUUACGAUUACUUCAAGGCCUGGGUGGUUUGGGUGCUGGUCUUAUAUCUGCUUUGCGUUCUCAAUUAUGGAUAGCAGUUGAUCAGUUUUCAACAAGAGAAUUAAGUGUAAUGCUCUUCAAACAUAUCCAAAGACUUUCCUUAAAAUGGCAUUUAUCCAGAAAAACUGGUGAAGUGUUAAGAGUAAUGGAUCGUGGAACAGCUAGCAUUUCAAAUAUUCUAUCAUAUCUUGUAUUUAAUAUCUUACCAACUGUAUUGGAUAUAAUCAUUGGCGUAGUAUAUUUUGUCACAGCUUUCAAUAUUUGGUAUGGAUUGUUAGUUUUUGUAACUAUGCUUAUUUACCUUGUUUCCACAGUGCUAAUUACUGAAUGGAGAGCAAAAUUUCGACGUGAAUUGAAUAAUUUAGACAAUCAAAAAAACACUAAAGCUGUUGAUUCAGUGUUGAACUUUGAAACUGUUAAAUAUUAUAAUGCUGAACAAUUUGAAACAGAUCGUUAUAAUCAAGCAUUUUUAGAUUAUCAAAAAGCUGAUUGGUGGAAUGCAUUUACAUUAAAUCUACUUAAUACAAUACAAAAUAUAGUAAUUAGUAUUGGAUUUAUGUUUGGUAUAUUAUUAUGUGCUCGAGAUGUUGUUAAUGGAAUACUAACAGUUGGACAUUUUGUUUUAUUUUGUACAUAUAUUAUUCAACUUUAUUCACCAUUAAGUAUAUUUGGAACAUAUUACAGGCUACUACAAACAAGUUUUAUUGAUAUGGAAAAUAUGUUUGAUUUAUUAGAACAAGAAUCUGAUGUUACUGAUGCACCAAAUGCUCAAGCAUUAAUUGUCAAAGAAGGUGCUGUUGAGUUCAAUAAUGUCUGCUUCUUCUACAACCCAGAGCGUCCAAUUUUAAAAAAUGUUUCAUUCAAAAUACCGAAGGGUCACACUGUUGCCUUAGUUGGUGAAUCAGGAAGUGGUAAAUCAACAAUUGUUCGACUUUUAUUUCGAUUCUAUGAUGCCACCGAAGGAGAGAUUUUGAUUGAUGGACAAAAUAUUAAGUCAGUUACUCAAGCAUCAUUACGUCAAUCACUUGGAGUUGUGCCACAAGAUACAGUUUUAUUUAAUGAUACAAUAUAUUAUAAUAUACGUUAUGGACGUCAAUCAGCUGAUCGAACAGAUAUUGAACAAGUUGCUAUUGCCGCUGAUAUACAUCGAUGUAUUUUAGAUUUUCCAAAAGGUUAUGAAACAAUAGUUGGUGAACGUGGUUUAAAAUUAAGUGGUGGAGAAAAACAACGUGUAGCUAUUGCUCGUAAUCUUUUAAAGAAUCCAACUAUUAUGAUUUUAGAUGAAGCUACUUCAGCAUUGGAUACAACAACAGAACGCAAUAUUCAAGCUAGUUUAAAUCGUAUUGCACAAAAUCGUACUACUUUAAUUGUUGCACAUCGUUUAUCAACAAUAGUUAAUGCAAAUGAAAUUCUAGUACUACAUGAAGGUGAGAUUGUUGAACGUGGUACACAUUCAGAAUUAUUAUUAAAUCCUAAAAGUCGUUAUACUCAAUUAUGGCGUCAACAAAGUGAAGUACAACAACAAUCAUCAACUUCAUCAUUAUUACCAAUGAAUAAUGAAAACACAGAAAAUGUUUCCAAUCCAAUAGGUAGAACAAAUCAACCUGUUAUUGUGUAAUAUUUACAUAGAAAACAAAAUCCAAUUCUAAUAUAUCUUCAUAAAAUACUUUGACAUCAUAUAUAUAUAUAUGUAUGUGUGCAUAUAUAGAUAUAAGCUAUCGCUGUUACAAUAACUAGAAAAGAAACAUAGUAGUGGUAGUAGUAUGUCAUCUUUGAUGUCGUUUACCUUCAUUUGCUAUGUUUCAUUUUUUUAUUACUUAUUUAGAAAAGCUUCAUCUAACUCAACAUAUAUAAAUUGUAAAUGCAUACACUCAUAUAAGUAGUUACACUGUCAUUUCAAUAGAUACUUCAACAAUUACCUACAAAUAUAUAUGUAAAGUAUAGAUUUUGUCAAAGUUCCUAUGUUUAUUAAUUGUUCAAUAGUAGUAAAUAUAUUUCAUGACAUCUGUAAAUGGGAAUUUUUUCCGCUUUUUUUUAUCUAUACAUUAAGUAUAUUAUGUCUGCCUUAUUACAUAUAUCUAUAUAAUCAUAAUGAUAGUCAAUAAAUUUAUUACUUCUGAGAUGGCUAACCGAUAUAUACAUAUACAUAUAAUUAAAUUUUAAAAGCAUAAAUGAAAUAAAUAAACAUAGGAUCGUUGUAGUGAACAUUGCCCCUAACUGCCCUGGUACGGCCGAGAGCUCUCCUUCUCGAAAUGCUCUUAUAUGGCCACGCUUAUAUAGCCUCUGAUAGGGAAAUCCUACUCACUAGCUUCUCGUGGCAUUACUGUUGUUUACGAAA